AUGGAGCGCUCAAUUACCAUCCCAAACUCCGGUUCAACUGUUCGUGUUCGCGCAAUUGAUACGACGACCACUAUGGCAUGUGACGCUUCCGCCUUCGUACGACCGGUCCUGAAAGGCCAUGAAAGACUCAACUUCAAGACGAUGUGCUUCUUGAUCGAGAAUGAAUCGAAGUCACGGCGAAUCUUGUUCGACUGUGGCGGAAGGAAAGACUUCUGGAAUGCCUCGCCACAUACUCGGAACAUGAUUGGAACUUAUGUGCCAUCUCUCAGAGUGGAAAAGGGAGUCGAUGAGAUACUCACUGAAGUCGGGUUUGACUUACAGACUCUGGAUGCUAUUGUGUGGAGCCAUUGGCACUGGGAUCACAUCGGCGAUGCUUCCAAAUUCCCACCGCACACUGACAUUGUGGUGGGACCAGGGUUUAAGAGUAACUUUCUGCCUGGCUACCCAGACGACCCGGACGCGUUCAUGUUGUCAAGUGACACAUCCGGGCACUUUGUUGAUGAAAUAACUUUCAAUAACGAGCUGCGCAUUGGCAAAUUCCGAGCACAUGACUACUUUGGAGAUGGUUCUUUUUAUAUUCUGGACGUUCCAGGCCACACGAUUGGUCACAUAGGCGGACUUGCUAGAACGACACCGAACACAUUCAUAUUCAUGGGCGGCGACUGUUGUCAUUUUGUAGGAGCCUUCCGCCCAUCUGCCGCUGUCCCGCUCCCAGAUAUAAUCCCACAAGGACAACUGGACUCCAGCAUCCCUGUACCAUGCCCAUGUUCCUUUUUCACGGCUUGUCACCCUUCUACAACGCGGAACGAGCACGGUGUGGUGAACGACCAUGAGGUAAGACGUAGUCCAUUCUAUAAGGUCACCCAGAGCGAAACAUCUGCCUAUACAGAUGCGCAACAGUCGCAAGAAAGCAUAGAUCAUUUGCGUGCCUUUGACGCAAGCCCAGACAUAUUGAUUUGCCUGGCUCAUGACAACACACUUUUUGAUGUCUUUCCAUUGCUGGCUACAUCGCCUGAAAGAGAUGUUAAUGAUUGGAAAGCAAUGGGUUACAAGGAGCGGACGAGAUGGGCGUUUCUCAAUGAGCUUCCGCGUGAUGGCAAGCCUGGAAGGACACCUCUAGUUUCUGGGCAGUGGAAGGACGGAAUGAGAAUAAGUCUGGGGGACGAUUCUUACUUUCAUGAAGUGGUGUAA